AUGUUACAUCGGACUCUUCUGUGUCCGAGACGCCUCAAAUUUCUGCUAUCCGCUAGUAAAUACAGGCGACAAAUCAAUCAGGUCCAAGCUUUCGUAAUCACGACUGGUAAUUUACUUCAUGGAAGCUCCACUAGCGGAGAUCUCGUUGCUUCAUGUGGCCGAAUCGGCGAGAUUUCUCAUGCCCGUAAGCUGUUCGACCAAUUGCCUCAGAGGAGUGUUUCUGUUUACAACUCCAUGAUUGUGGCGUAUUCCCGUGGCAACAAACCAGAUGAGGUUCUCCGCCUUUAUGAUCAGAUGGUAGCUGAAAGGGUUCAACCAGAUAGCUCAACGUUCACUAUGACGAUCAAGGCGUGCUUAAAUGCUAUGGUUUUAGAGAAAGGAGAGGCAGUGUGGAGUAAAGCAAUCGAAUGUGGGUAUGAAAAUGAUGUCUUUGUCUGUUCAUCUGUCUUGAAUCUGUACAUGAAGUGCAGGAAGAUUGACGAAGCGGAGAUUCUUUUCAGAAAGACGACGAAAAGAGAUCUUAUUUGCUGGACAACAAUGGUGACAGGGUUUGCACAGGCUGGUAAGUCGUUGAAGGCAGUUGAAUUCUACAGAGAUAUGCAAAAUGAAGGAUUUGGUAGGGACAUAGUCGUGAUGCUGGGUCUUUUACAAGCUUCUGCUGAUCUCGGGGAUCCGAAAAUGGGCCGUUCUGUACACGGGUAUUUGAUCAGAACAGGUCUUCCCAUGAAUGUUGUACUUGAAACCACCUUGGUUGAUAUGUAUGCAAAGGUCGGGUUUAUAGAGCUUGCUUCUAGGAUUUUCAAUAGGAUGAUGUAUAAAACCGCAGUCUCGUGGGGGUCGUUGAUCUCGGGAUUUGCCCAAAAUGGGUUUGCCAACAAAGCAUUUGAAGCAAUAGUAGAGAUGCAGAGCCUUGGGUUUCAACCAGAUCUAGUGACUCUUGUUGGGGUACUUGUGGCUUGUUCGCAGGUCGGGUCAUCAAAGACCGGUAGAUCGGUACAUUGUUACAUCUUGAAAAGGCACAUUCUUGAUCAAGUAACCGCAACCGCGCUGAUGGACAUGUAUUCAAAAUGCGGCACUCUUUCAAAUUCAAGAGAAAUCUUUGAACUGAUAGGAAGGAAAGACUUGGUUUGUUGGAACACAAUGAUAUCUUGUUACGGCAUCCAUGGAAACGGUCAAGAAGUUGUAUCGAUGUUCCUCAGAAUGACAGAAUCAAAGAUAGAGCCCGACCACGCGACGUUUGCAUCCCUUCUCUCUGCUCUUAGCCACUCGGGUCAAGUAGAACAAGGCCAACAUUGGUUCAGCGCCAUGAUAAACAAAUAUAAGAUCCAACCAAGCGAGAAACACUACGUUUGUUUGAUCGAUCUUCUUGCACGUGCAGGGAGAAUCGAAGAAGCUCUUGACAUGAUAAACUCCGAGAAACUUGACAGUGCUUUGCCCAUCUGGGUUGCUCUUCUUUCAGGAUGCAUCAAUCACAGGAAUUUAGCAGUUGGAGACAUCGCGGCCAAUAAGAUUCUCCAGUUGAAUCCAGAUAGCACCGGGAUACAAACACUGGUUUCUAACUUCUUUGCAACUGGCAAAAAGUGGAAGGAAGUGGCCAAAGUGAGGAAGUUGAUGAGAAGUGGAACCAUGGAGAAAGUACCAGGCUACAGUGUGAUCGAGGUGAAUGGAGAGCUUAGAACUUUUCUCAUGGAGGAUCUUAGCCACCAUGAGCAUUAUCACAUGUUGCGAGUAUUGAGAAACUUGAGUUCUGAGAUGAGCAAUGUAUAUACAUCCAUUUCUGAAUAUGUUAUUUUUCAUUAG